AUGCAGCUCCUGUCCACACAGCUCCUGUCCACACAGCUCCUGUCCACACAGCUGUCCACACAGCUCCUGUCCACGCAGCUCCUGUCCACGCAGCUCCUGUCCACACAGCUCCUGUCCACGCAGCUCCUGUCCACACAGCUCCUGUCCACACAGCUCCUGUCCACACUGCUGAUCAGGCUGGUGCUGCUGAUGCUGGUCCUGCUCAUCAUCAGGCCCUGGCUCCUCUUCCACUGGCUCCCAGAGAUCACCAUCGCUGAUGCAGAUGUUGUGCAGGAUGGCGCAACAGGCAGUCACCUCGACUGCAAAGAUCGUGCCCGUGCAUGCUGUGCAGGGGCGGAUGUAGGAGCGGCCGUUUGGGAAAGAGCCAUGGCGUUUCCACACACAUGUAUCCGCUUCAUUUCUGCGAGUUCUGGUCGGGCUCUGGAAAAGCCGGAGAGUCCAAGGAUUAAAGUCGAGCCAGAGGAGCACGGCCUCACACAGGACCUGCACAGAAGUAUGACUGCAGCAGAACCCUGUCGGCUCACGGGAAGUCCACAGACUAAAGAGGAGCCCGAGGAGCCCGAGACACAGAGGAUCAAAACUGAGCAGGAGCCGCUUCCUGUCUGUGUGAAGACAGAAGAGUCGCACAGAGCGGAACCACAGAGAGAGAAGAGCUCAGAGGGAGACACAGAGCACUCCUCUGACUCUGAGGAUGAAGAAGAGGCACAUCUUCAUCAUCUUCCUCCUCUGUCUUCAGACACAGAGGACGGAGACCCCCGAGCCCAGAAGUUGGGACACUGCGAAGCAUCCAGCGGAGGAAGGGGCUAG